AUGUGGUUCCUCGGGGAGACGCACACCGCGUCGUACGUCUCCGUGUCCAGGUCCUUCAGGAACCGGCAGGCCGCCCACCCGCUGCCCAGAACCACGACCCGCGGCUUCUCCCCCGGCUUCGUCAUCCCCAGCCCCGGCAGCAUCUCCCUCCUCUCCUUCUCAUCCUCCUCCUCCUCCUCCUCUUCGGCCAUCUUCUCUGCCGACGGGAAGUGAUGGCAGGGGGUGGUGCUUAUAG